GUUUUUCCGGAUAAUUCAUUUUGCAAUUUAUCUCCUCGUUUCUCUCACGGAUAAGACUAGCACCCCAAGACAGAAUCUUCUUCAUCCCACUGGGUCAUCGAAUCCCCGCGAAAUUUUCAGUCAAACAGCUCACAAUCGCUGGGAGCUCUUUUUCUAAUCAAUGGAGUUAUUUAAUCUACUGGGUUAACUUCAGUAGUUUCGCGGGUACUUUCUUAAAUGAAUUUUCCUGCAACUUUUCGUGGGAAUUCCUUCCCCCUGUCUCAGUGCAGCUCUUGCUGUUACGUUCGUUUCAAUCCGUUUACUGGCUUCAGGGAGCAACAGAUUCGUCAUUACAGCCUCAAGCUCUAUCAGGUCUCCAGUGUUGUUACUGAUAGCCGUGCGAAGCAAGGGGUUUCUUGUAGAGUUACCGAAACGCAGACUGAACCAGAUGGCAAUAAUGAUAAGGAAGAAGAUGAUUCUGAAGGUCGGGAUCAGCCAUCUUUCUCCCACUCCUUCGCAGAAGAUAAAUUUCAGCUUGAUCCUCAGGCGGUUGAUGUAGUCAAUAAUGUUGAAAAUAAGGACCAAGGUGACAUCCAGGAUAUUGAUAAUGUAGAAGUUGCUAGUGGAUCUCCACUUCCAGGACUAAAGCCACAACAACUGGAUGAAUCAUUCAGAAUGCCCCGAGAAACAAUUGAAAUUCUUAAGAACCAAGUAUUUGGAUUUGAUACUUUCUUUGUGACAAGUCAGGAUCCAUAUGAGGGUGGAGUCUUGUUUAAAGGAAAUUUGCGAGGAGAGGCUGCUAAGAGCUACGAAAAGAUAAGGAGGAGAAUGGAGGAUAAAUUUGGGGAUGUAUAUAAGCUUUUUCUUUUAGUUAAUCCAGAGGAUGAUAAACCUGUAGCUGUUGUUGUCCCACGAAAGACCCUGCAACCCGAGACAACAGCUGUCCCAGAAUGGUUUGCUGCUGCCGCUUUUGGACUGGUUACUGUAUUUACCCUACUUCUUCGAAAUGUGCCUGCAUUACAAUCCAACUUACUAUCGACUUUUGACAACCUUGAGUUGCUUAAAGAUGGAAUAUCUGGUGCUUUUGUAACUGCACUUGUUUUAGGAGUGCAUGAACUUGGCCAUAUAUUAGUUGCAAGAGAAGCAGGAAUUAAGUUUGGGAUUCCAUACUUUGUUCCUAGUUGGCAGAUAGGCGCCUUUGGUGCAAUCACAAGGAUCCUUAAUAUUGUACCCAAGCGUGAAGAUCUGCUCAAGGUGGCAUUAGCAGGACCGUUAGCUGGGUUUUCUGUGGGCUUCCUUCUUUACAUUCUAGGUUUCAUCUUGCCACCUAGUGAUGGCAUUGGAGUUGUCGUUGAUGCUUCUGUGUUUCAUGAGUCAUUUCUAGCCGGUGGUCUUGCAAAGCUAAUUUUGGGCGAUGCCCUGAAGGAAGGAACUUCUAUAUCCGUGAACCCUCUUGUAAUAUGGGCUUGGGCUGGACUUCUCAUAAACGCCAUCAACAGCAUCCCUGCUGGAGAGCUUGAUGGUGGGAGAAUUGCCUUCUCCAUAUGGGGAAGAAAGGCAUCUGCUCGAAUCACAGGCGUUUCGAUUGUUCUUCUAGGACUAGGCUCACUGUUUAGUGAUGUAGCAUUUUAUUGGGUGGCUUUGAUAUUCUUCUUACAGAGAGGUCCAAUCGCUCCACUUUCUGAGGAAAUCACCGAUCCUGAGUCGAAGUAUGUUGGUCUUGGAAUUCUAGUUUUGCUUUUAGGUUUGCUGGUCUGCCUACCAUACCCCUUCCCCUUUACACAAGAAACCAUCUCAAAUUUGUAAUGCUACAAUCCUUUUUUAUUUAUAGCUUCAGAAAAGAGUCCUCCUAUACCCUUUUACCUGACUCUAUUCUGAUACACCAAUUCACUAUAUUCCUCUUGAUUCAGAUCAAUAUUCAAACCCUUUCUUUU